CACACACACACACACACACACACACACACACAAACACUUGCUCCACAUGCAUGAGUGGAAGCCAGCCACUGUGUGCUACACACUCACGAGGAGAGCACCACUGUGGAGAUGUUGCAUGCCCACUGAUGUUUUUGCCACCAGAGCAUGGAAGCCAACAACUGGACAUAAAAGAAAAAGUAGCCGCAGCAGCGUGUGUAGGAUUACAGGACCACUUUAUGUGUGUUUGUGUCAUGGUGACAGGUCACGUGAAUGUCUGCUGCUGACAGGAGCUUCUCGAGUUCUGGGAUCUAAAAGAGUUGCAUGUUGAAAGGCAGCAAUCAUGUCAACGGGAAGCUCGGCACGCGCGCUCUGGGGGGUCUGCUUCAUUUGGCAAGUGGCAUUGAUGGUUGCGGCAGGGAGUAAACUCUGGGAGGUGCCCACUACUUCUUCCAACUUCAGCGAAAGCCUGCAAUGGCAGGCCCAUUGCCACGCCCACCACCAUCAGGACAAAGUGAAAAUCACAGCAGAAAUACCACCAAGGAUGGAUGGUACCUGGUUAUCAACGAGAUGUGAAGUUCGUCCGGGUCCAGAGUUCCUCACCCGUUCCUACACCUUCCACCCCACUCGUCAUUUCCAGGCGCUGCAGCACUACUAUGCUGACAGUGAGUGCAAGAAUCCCGCCUACUCUCUGGCGAUCCGAGGCAAGCUCCGUCUUCGCCAGGCUUCCUGGAUUACCCGCGGAGCAACAGAAGCCGACCAUCACCUCAGCGGGGUGACCAUUGUCGUCCACAGCUCGGCAGCCCAGCAGAAGUUAACCUCCAGGCUGCCCCCUUCCUGCGUGGGUGUGAGCCUGGCUCGGCUGAUUCCUGGGAAGCCGCAGGACCUUUAUAAUACCCGGGCAGGAAGAGGGUGCCUGGUGGCGAUGGGCUUCUCAAUGAUGGAGCUGGAUUUGGUUAGGGUGGAGACACAGCACCACAACAAUGGGGAGAAAAUCCAGGAACUCUUCCUGGGGGACAUACACACUGACUGGGCCCAAAGAACUCACUAUAGACCGACAGGGUACCAGCAGCCACUGCAGAGCGCCAUGCAUCACAUCCAUCCGUGCCCGGUGUGUGCCCUGGUGUACCGCUCCACAGAACAACGCCCCCCAGUUUUGCCCCGCCAAACGCAAGCUUCUAUUUCCUUGGCCGGACGUUGGGUAAGCCAACAGUGUGAAACCCGUCCCACGGUUCUCUUCCUCACCAGAGAGUUCCACUUUGAUCCUGACCAACAAGCGUGGGAGGGAAUUUAUCGCCAUUACUCGGACCCCCUCUGCUCCCAGAACACCUUCACGAUGAGAGCUUCAGGUCACUAUGCUCAGGGAAACCCUUCGGUCAAGGUACCAGGAGCCACAGAGUUUGUCUUCAAGGUGAUCGAAGUGAGAGUGACAGCUGAAGACGAGUCCACAGCAAAGUUGUUGAACAGGACAAAGCCAGGGAAGUGCGGGCAGGCCGGAAAAUGGAAGGUCAGAGCAGAACAGGGUCUGAGCUCCACGCAUGGGUGCACGGUGCUUGGCAUCAAGCUGCCACAUAAGGAAUAUGAGCUUUUCAAGGUUGAGCUGGACUACAGGAGACACCCACUGUUGUAUGUCGGGGAGAGGCCAACGGACGGUUCCAGCCCAGACCGUCCGAUAAGGAGGCCCACAUCCUUUCAGGCUCCCUUGGUGCUUUGCAGGGGCGCAGAGACACAGCCCCCAAGUCGCUACGGGUCAGGGUUCAAGAGCAAAGAAGUCCAGAUUGAUACCAGCGGAACCGGAAGGCUGACACAGAUCCUCCUGGCGGUCCUUGGAUCAGCCUUGUGCAGCUGGAUUUUGGUUAUUUAGAGACUUGGCACUGAUGGGACUCGUUCUUCUUUCUUAAAAGACAUUCAGGGGAGCCAAAUAGACAGUUCAGUGCUACCUUGACUUAGAAGUGCCCCAAUUUAUGAGAUUCUCAAAUUAUGAGUGACAGCUUGAUCAUCUUUUUUUUUUUUCCUUUUUGGUAUGAGACAAAAUUUGAGUUACAAGCAAGCUUCAUAUACACUGCUGCUUGAGUAAAGUAAAAAUGAUUGAAGCAAUUUAGACACAGCACUGACCUUGAACUGGGUCAAGGAGAGUCAAAGUCCCUGCAGCAAUUUCAGCAGUUUAUGUUAUGGGACAAACAGUCAAACACAAAAUGAGAAACCUUGCAAAGAGCAUAACUCACACCCAGACCCUCACACUGAAAAAAACAAACAAAUGGACUCAAACUGCUGAUGUCACUACAACAUAUCCCUUUAGCACACAUUCAACACUAAUACAACAGUACAUACAGUAAUUACACUUUAUAAAACCAGAUCAUUUACAUUUUCUUUCGUGAUCUUUUUAUACAAUAUGAUGCUAUUUGUUCUUAUUAAAAACAAAAUAAAUUACAUUCUGGCAGGAUGGAAGGGAUUAAUGGCAUUUCACUUCGUUUCAAUGUGGACAAGUGAUUUAAUACAUGAAUAAAUUGACUGAUGAUCUUAGUCAAGGAAUGAAUUAUACUUGUAAAUCAUGGUAUCAUUGUAUAUUUUUUUUCAUAUCCAAUCCCUUGUUGGACCUCCAGUGGCGCCUUUAGGUCCACUUUAAGGAUCCUAAGCUCCAGCUUUGGUUCUCCUUAAAAUUAAACUGCACACAAACCACCGAUACCAUCAUUUCAGUACGGGAAAAAAAAAAAUCUCCCGUCAUAUUUUGUAGAAACUGCUCUUUUCAUGAAAUGCCAUCAUGACAAAU